AAACGCAGCACGGGUCAACACGUCAUCCUAAAUACUGCUGCGUUGUUAGCCAGCUAUCAAAGAUGGUGGACACAGCGAGGAGUCCGUGAAUCGAAGAGCAGUUUACCGGCGACACCGUUUGACACCGAGCGCGGGAGAGCUUUCUGUGUCCUGGACGGGAGACGCCUGUGUCUGUCUGAAAUGGCUGGCGUGAAGAUAACAGACGUACACGACGGUAACGUGGACAGGGCGCCUCUGUCGAACCAGGACCUGAGUUCUGUGAGCCAAACGGUAGGAUGGUUUCUGUCCCAGUAUGGGUGGUACCUGGUGGUUGUGACUGCGCUGGUCUACCUGCUUAUCCAGUACCUAAACAAGAGGAUGUCCAGCCAGAGCUAUCGCAGCUCACCACCACAAACACCACAAGAUGCUGAGGUCGUGGUGAGAAAUCAGGAGGCCAUGGAAGCAGCUCGGAGAAGGAUGCAAGAGGAGCUGGAUGCUAAAGCAGCCGUCUUCAGAGAGAAACAGAAACAGCAAGAAGAAGAGAAGAGGAGGCAGAAAAUAGAGAUAUGGGAGAGUAUGCAGCAGGGGAAGAGUUGCAAAGGAAAUGCAAAACCAACACAGACAACCGAAGAAGCCAGCACGUCAACAGCAGCGACGAAACCAAAGACGGACAAGAGGCCGCUUCGCGGUGCAGACUACAAUCCCCUGACCGGACAGGGAGGAGGCACCUGCUCCUGGAGACCUGGGAGGAGAGGGCCGUCUUCUGGUGGAUGAGGUUAAAGAAUGUCAGAGACAUUGGUCUGCGUGACCUUUGACCUCUGACAUCCUGACGUGCACACUGACUGACUGAACCAAGCUGACAAUGUCACCAAAGACGCUUUUUUUUUUUUUAAUUAUUCAGAUUUAGUUAAACUCGCUCCAUACUUCCACUGGGUGUAGAUGAGUGCAUUCAUUAAUAGCACAUAUUUAUCCUGUUUGAUUUCCUCUAUUUGCUCUCUAAUCUGUGUGCUGCUGCCUCGUUAAGCAGCAGACAUAAUGUGAUUAUUACGAAACAUGCUGUUAAGAGACAAACGCAUUUGGAAAUUGAAAGCUUGUAAUGAAGCCAGUCCUGUAAACGGUUCCUAACCGCUGGAUGUGGCGGAUGAAUUUCACAGUCAGUGUGUCGCUUUUGUUUUGGUUCUUUUGUGUAGCUCCGCAGCUUUAGACGUGAUAUUACUGCAGCAGCUGCAGCUGGCGGACAUAUGGUUAAUUACAAGAAGUGGUACACUCUGAUUAUAUAAUCACAAACAUUUUUAAUCUGACACAAUGUAAGGAGGGAUGUCUACACUGUUACACAACAUUUUUAUGCAAUAAAGACAUGAUCACCAGGA